AUGGCAGGAAAUCUGAAGAAAGGGGGGCUGAUCGGCAUGAUGAAGGACGCGUUUCAGCCCCAUCAUCACCACCUCCACUCCCAUCACCAGCCGGGCUCCGUGGACAAAAAGACGGUAGAAAAAUGCUGGAAGCUUAUGGACAAGGUGGUCCGGCUGUGCCAGAACCCCAAGUUGGCACUGAAGAACAGCCCGCCGUACAUCCUGGACCUGCUGCCGGACACGUACCAGCACCUGCGCACCAUCCUGUCGCGCUACGAGGGCAAGAUGGAGACGCUGGGCGACAACGAGUACUUCCGCGUCUUCAUGGAGAACCUGACCAAGAAGACCAAGCAGACCAUCAGCCUGUUCAAGGAGGGCAAGGAGCGCAUGUAUGAGGAGAACUCGCAGCCCAGGCGGAACCUGACCAAGCUCUCGCUGAUCUUCAGCCACAUGCUGGCCGAGCUGAAGGCCAUCUUCCCCAACGGCCUGUUCCAGGGAGACAACUUCCGGAUCACCAAGGCGGACGCCGCCGAGUUCUGGAGGAGGUCCUUCGGGGACAAGACCAUCGUGCCGUGGAAGGUGUUCCGGGGGGCGCUGCACGAGUUCCACCCCAUCAGCUCGGGCCUGGAGGCCAUGGCUCUGAAGUCCACCAUCGACCUCACCUGCAACGACUACAUCUCCGUCUUCGAGUUCGACAUCUUCACCCGGCUCUUCCAGCCUUGGUCCUCGCUGCUGCGGAACUGGAACAGCCUGGCGGUGACCCAUCCGGGCUACAUGGCGUUCCUCACGUACGACGAGGUCAAGGCACGACUGCAGAAGUUCAUCCACAAGCCCGGCAGCUACAUCUUCAGGCUGAGCUGCACGAGGCUCGGUCAGUGGGCCAUCGGCUACGUGACGGCGGACGGCAACAUCCUGCAGACCAUCCCCCACAACAAGCCCCUCUUCCAGGCCCUCAUCGAUGGAUUCCGGGAAGGAUUUUACCUGUUCCCUGACGGUCGUGCUCAGAACCCAGACUUGACUGGACUGUGCGAGCCGUCACCGCAGGACCACAUCAAAGUCACGCAGGAGCAGUACGAGCUCUACUGCGAGAUGGGCUCCACCUUCCAGCUUUGCAAGAUCUGUGCCGAGAACGACAAGGACGUGAAGAUCGAGCCAUGCGGGCACCUCAUGUGUACGUCGUGCCUCACCUCCUGGCAGGAAUCGGAGGGCCAGGGCUGCCCCUUCUGUCGCUGCGAGAUCAAGGGCACGGAGCCCAUCGUGGUCGACCCCUUCAACCCCAAGGACAACAGUGGCGGCUGCUCUGGCUCCUACGGCAUGGAGGGCGUCCCCUCCCCCGGCUUCGACGACGACGAUGACGACCGGCUGGAGGACCCCCACCUCAUGAUGAGCAACAUGGCAUUUACCGGGGUGGAGCGGCCCUCCUCCCCCAUUUCCAUGGCACCCCAGGCCUCCCUGCCCCCCGUUCCCCCCCGCCUUGACCUGCUCGGGCAGCGACCAUCCAACCAAGCGGGGGCCUCCAGCCCAGGCGCUACAUCCAAGGCCCAAUCGCAUCACAAGGACAAGCCCCUCCCCCUGCCCCCAUCCUUAAGGGACCUCCCCCCACCUCCGCCUCCUGACCGCGCCCCCCUGUCGGCUGGCACCGAGGGGCGCCUCCAGCGGCGGCCCCUGCCCAGUACCCCAGGGGAAUCCCCCCGUGACAAGCUGCCCCCAGUGAUGCCCCCUAGCUGCGGCAUGGCGGACUGGAACACGCGGCCGCCGCCCAAGGCCCCAGCACAGGUGUCCAGCUCCCGCGAGCUAUCGAACCGGCAUUCCCUCCCGCUGGCCCUGCCAUCUGCGCUGGAUGGGCGACCUGACGGGCGUUCUGACCCACUGAAGCACAGCUGUUCCCUAACCCUGGACCACCAGAUGAAUAGUGGAGGUGUGGCAUCAGGCAGCCAUGAGUACGACAGCCCCAAAGUAAAGCCCUGCACAUCUAUAAAUGCCCUUUACGCCGUCACCAGCAGGCCACACCCACUCCUGAAGUCACUGACAGCAGAGGAGGGUGGUGGGAAUGAAGAGGAUACAGAAUACAUGAGCCCGUCCUCCCGCCCUGUGCACCUGCCCGUGGGGGACGUGGUGCCCAGACCCCCCCGGUCGAUGCUGGCUGAUCUGGAUCCCGAGGGGCCGCAGACGUACGAGGCCAUGUACAACAUCCAGGGCCAUUUCCUCACGGCCCAGCCACACCAGGCCAGGGACUCUGACUACUCAGAUUUGCCCCCAGUGGCCAGCACCAAUGGCCCUCGGUUACCCCCGCCGAGUGAUGACAUCGCCGGUGAGAAUGGCUACGACCUCCCCAGGCCGCCACUGCCUCAGGGGGCUGCGCGCCGCACUCUGUCUGACAUCGGCGGCACCUCGGCCUCCUUUGCCCGCCUGUCUCUGGACAGCGAGCCUGGUGGAUCUGGCUUUUGUGAGUCUGGCCUGGCACCGGAACGACCCCCCAAGCCCCUGCCCCGCAGGAUCAACUCCGAUAGGCGGCAGAGCCCUGUGCCCCCUGGGGGUGGAGCUGGGGGCGGGGCCAUUGGGGUAGGGGCCAGCCCACAGAUCACCAGUGAGAUUGAGCACCUCAUGAGCCAGGGCUACUCCUACCAGGACAUCCAGAAGGCGCUGAUGAUCGCGCAGAACAACGUGGAGAUGGCCAAGAACAUCCUGCGCGAGUUCGUCUCUAUCCCGUCCGCCGCGCACAUCCUCACAUAGCGCCCUCCCCACGGCUGGCCAGCUGCCACAUCAACCACCAACCCCUCCCCUCCGACAACAACAGCUUCGGUUAGCCCACGACUGGGAGGCUUGCUAGUCUGCUUUCGGCACGAGCGGCAGACGCCCGCACGGUCAUGUGACACAGAUGAGUGAAAUGAUCUGGAGAUCUGGUGGACUGGCUUUCACCUUGGGGUGUAGCUGGGUCCUCUUCCUGUGGGAGACUGUGGGAGCUUUCCGCUGCGCCCUCCCCUGGCGAUACAGUGGUACUGUGACGGAUCGGAGGUUUGUACACAAUGCCCAGGAGCCCAUGAGUGAGCCCAGUAUGGCUGCACUGUAUGGAGUGCCAUUUUGCUUCUGCAGUAUUUAAAAAAAAAUAUAUAUAUUUUGAACGUCUUGUCGUGAAACGUGUCGUUCAGGAGUUUUUGGGAGUCUUGGUCUGUUUUUGGUCUGUUUUUUUUUUUCCCUGGAAGCUACACUCAGCAGACUUGACUGGCGCUCUGUCAGCUCCGUGUUCAUACAGGGUGUUUAAUAACACAGUAUCCCCCCCCAGCCCCCCCCCACGUGUUGGCAUAAUCUCCUAGGUGUGGGCUUAUGGCUCAAACCAGCUUUGGUCACAGCCCCCUCAGGAAAGGUAGACGGUACUGCCGCAGGGGUGUUUACAAAUCUUUUUAUUUUCUCAUCCCUCUCUGACGCUAGUUUUUCGUCCGCCAGGCUUAAACAGAACAAUAUAGUGGAAGGAAAAACUUGACAGUCGUAGAUGUUGACGUCUCACUCAUUCUGUGAGGGGUCCAGGAACGCUGCUUGUGCGUGAAUGUACACCCCCACAUCUUGCUUCAUCGCCAGUUGUAUCAGAAUUACCCCUGUCCAGGAGGAGGUGCUGUCCGACCACAGAAGUGUCACGGAUUACAGCUCCCUCCCCCCCCGACCUCUGAUCAUCUUACACCUGUCCUGAGGAUCAAUUUUACACAAGAAAACAUUUAUUUGUGACUUAGUUUAGCUUCUAAACUUUAACAUCAUUUAAUUUUCUAACCCUGACUCCUAAUGGGCAUUUUUUUCUUGGGGGGGGGGGGGUUGAACAAAAACAAGAGUACUGAAAUGUGGUAGAAAGGACACAAGAAGGAGGAUUACCUUUUUUAUUAUUGUUCUAGCUGUUGGAGGACCUGUGCGUCUGGGUUAUCAGCCCUGCCAGGAUCUAACUCCCAGAAUUGUUGUCGUUUUGAAUCUAAAGUGCUUUACUGCUGCUGCCGUUGUUUGUUAAUGCUAAACACGUAAGCCUUACGUGUGUAUUUAGAAAUCCCGUGUGGCGUGGUCCUGAUUGUGUUGUUUUUAAAGUGACAGUAUCCCUGCCCCCAUCACAUGGCUUGAAAAUACUUGAACGUGUCAGAAGCAUCGCAGACUUCACCACAGAAAGCUGAGCCGAGUCGCCCUUCCAUCUCGCCUUGGACGAUCAAAUGUGAGAAAUUGGAUGUUCGUGCGACUCGAAAAUGCAGAAAAGGCCAAGAGUUGACACUACCUCAUUUAAAAGUGAGUCCUUACGUUCAAUACUAUUCCGAUCGCCAGGCUGGCCGGAAAGCAGGGUCGAUUUAUACAUAAUUCCAAAACUGUUCGGGUCAGUUAUCAGAAACGGCAACAAGUAGCCACGUCGUUGAUGUACUGAAAUUCCCCUAGUUUAGUGGGAGAUGUGUGUGUUUAUGGCCUCAGGAAUAAAUACUGCCUGGCCUAAAUACCGUUCCCUUGCCACUCUAGUUUACCCCACACAUAUCAGUAACGAAAUGCCAUCAUCGGUAAUAGGAAUUUAAAAGCACUGAGCGCAUGCGCAUUCAUUGCGGGGACUUGUUUCCAUGGUGACGGACGCCACCUGGCAGCCCAGUGUUCCAGUAUGGUUCCGUUCCCGGUGCAAGUUCUUGGCUUUGGUCUUGGUCCACUGCGCGGUUUUUGUCCCUCUGUCGUUGCCUUAGGGUUCGUUCUCGGGUUCCCGUUGUUUUGAUUACUGUAUUCGUGUAUGUAGAUGUACGAUUUGCGUUGAAUUUACGUGCUUGUGCGCUUUCUCCUGACCGCAUUUUUUUGCGAUUUCAGAUACUGUCACUUUAAACGCAGGUGUAUGAACUUACUGAACAUUUAGCUCAUUGUAAUUAUUUACUUAUCUGACCAAUAAUGUGAGCAGUGCCAUAAUUUUAAAUAAUAAUAAAUUCCAGAAUUUUCUCUUGAAGCAUUUUGUUCCUAUACUGCCACUUACGCCUCCAGAUACAACGCAAUGCACAUAAUGUAAUAUCAGCAAUUCUGUGUUGUGCUCGCUGAGCUGUAACACGCCUCGUGGAGUCAAGGGUAACGUGGCAUGUUGUGAUGUUUAAUUACAUUACGAGGACACUUUUCCAUUGUUGCCAUAAAGUCCUUGUGCUAACUAUUUAGUUUUUUUGUAAUUUUUUGUAAUUUUAUAAUGAACAAUAACACGUGCUUUAUACUAUAACAUAACGAAUUCAUAAGAAUUGUGUAAAAAAAAAAUGAGCUGAUAUCAUUCUGAAUGCUUGAAGAUGGAGCAAUUCUCCGCUUCAUUGAUUUGAUUGCUUUUUGUGGGUUUUGCGUCCGAGUCUCCGAUUCUCCGAUGUAAGCCUAGUCGUCUGGUACAUAUAGGCAUGGUUUCAUGUACACUGAUGUAACGAUGUCAGUUAUAAUAUUUAAACCUACCUGGUUUAGAGGUUUAGUGAGCACUAUAAUGACCUCAAAUUAUUUAUCCUCUGAUAUGAAGUGGAAAUUUUGUAAUAUUUUUGACAGCACAGGGACUGAUAGUGUUGACUGUUUCGAUUUUUUUCCUUUCUUUGGAGAGCUCUCAAAUGUUUGGGACUGAAGAGGCAGUGACCGGUAUUAGUGUGAAUGUACUUAUGGUACGUUUCUUUAGGUCAGUGUUACUGAUACACCGCCGCCGAGUGCCGUGGUACAAAAACGGGUUUGCGGAAAGAUUCCGGGUGGAAAAGCCGUUCGUGCGCCACCCUCCCCGUGUCAGGCGAGCCAUUCCCUGGCGAUUUGUCUGAAUAUGGAAGACCAUAUUCACAAGACGGAAUCGCUACACAAAAAAGCGCCUUUUUUUUGGACAUAACAAGUAACAAUGAACGUCGCAGCACGAGCUUGCUGAAGUUGUACUUUGUAGUACUUGUCGGACCUUGUGGAAAUCACAGACAUUGUGGCCAGUCCUUGUGCAAUUAAAUGUUGUCUCUACAGAGGCGCGCUUUUCCUUGAUUUAAGUAUAUGAAAUGAUGUGCGCUCCGUAAAAGCGCGUGUCCGUGCGCGGUCAUUCAGGCGUGGACGAGGCGCGCUCAUCUGAUCCUUGCAGCCUCACGUAGCGGACGGCGCUCUCCUCCGCAAGUAGUUGGACCUUCCGAUUUCAGAGUAAUCCCGAGCCCCUGAAAAUAUGUUCAUUGUAGCGAAGCAUAGCUCAAUGUGGGCAGUGAUUUACUGAACAGGCAUUUCUGGAAAUGCUGUUUAACCAGGCAGACUGCAGGGCUAAGACUCAACAGAGCGUGUUUCUAACAUAGUAAAAACGUAUCAUUAUUCCUGUAACUGUUAUUGUGCUUUAAAAUAAGUUAAUAUCGAUUCAUAUAAUAUAUCAGUGUUAAUGAUCUUUGGUUGUUAUGUUUAUAAAGAAUAAAAUGUGUUAAUGUGUGGAAAAGUUGACUUUUUUUAUUUUAAUUCUUCUGCAGCUUGUACAAACCAGAAAAAGUUAUCAUAAAUGCGAGAAAUUUCUCUCUAUAGGUCUUUUCAUAAAGAAUAUUACAGUUUAUUUUUAUUACAUUUUUUCAUUGCAUUCAUGCGUAGAAAUAAUUACUAAUGUUAUUUAUUAAUUUUAUGAUGCUGUACCCCAAUCGAAGAUGCAUAAUGUUUUGUGUCCCUGGAAUUUUUUGCACCAGUCAUUAAAGCAUUUUUGAAUA